GUGACAGGAAAAACACCGUUGGAACUGCUGUCAUAUCAGGAAGCGUUGUCUUAUUUAUGUGUGACUUUGGAAAGCGAGCAAGAGAAUGUAUUAGUUUUGUUGGUAGUUUUAUCAAUAUGAUCUCUGCGGAGUAAAGAUAACCAAAUUGUUCAGUAUACUUUGUUGCAUCGUUAGCUGGUCAGUUUAGUAUCACAGUUAGCUGUGGCAGUGAGUUUCACAACAGAAGUACACUACUAGCUAGCAUAGUUGCGCUAUCCUGGGAGCUGCUAGCUACUUCACGUUCACGUUCACGUUAUCUACCCAGUCACAACCUUGUCUCCAUUGCAUUUUUGCAGUCCAGUCACCACAAUGCCAUUUUGACAACGACAUCUUUUUGAACUGUUGUGUUCUGAUAUUUUGCCGCUGGGGAGGACUGUCAGACACCAGCUUGGGGAACUAAGUUAGGUUUUGAAUAACAAGCUAACAAGUUUACUGCUCAUAUUUUGUUGACAAGGACACGUUCAGUUGUCAGCUAGCUGAUUGGCUUGCUGGAUUGUGUUUGAAAAUGGAAUUGAAUUAUCAGAACGACUAAAAACACAUUGAUAUAUGCAGCAAAAUGACUUCAGACUCAUGGUGUGAACGCUGACCCCCCACCCCUUAACUCUCCCCUUCCACGCAACUCAUAAUGUUGGAGGGACUUGUUGCCUGGGUAUUGAAUACAUACCUUGGCAAGUAUGUCAGCAACUUGAACACUGAUCAGCUCUCCAUCGCCCUUCUCAAAGGGGCGGUGGAGUUGGAGAAUCUACCCCUGCGGAAGGAUGCUCUGAGAGGGUUUGAUUUGCCAUUUGAAGUCAAAGCAGGCUUUAUAGGAAAAAUCACCCUGCAGAUCCCAUUCUAUCGGCCGCACAGUGAACCAUGGGUUAUCUCCAUGUCGCAGCUGAACUUGAUUAUCGGGCCUGCCCGCCCCGAGGAAUUUGACGAGGAGAAAGAGAAGGAGGAGGAGCUUGAGCGCAAGAAACAGCUGCUCAAGGCACUGGAGGACAAGUGGAAGAGCGAGUGUGAGCAGAAAGGUGAAUCAUACUGGUACUCAGCCACUGCCUCGGUGGUCACCAGAAUAGUGGAAAACAUUGAGCUGAACGUUCAAGGUGUUCAUUUAAGAUUUGAAGAUGACUUUUCUAAUCCGGGGAAGCCAUUUGCUUUUGGAGUGUGCAUCAAGAACGUGUCUGCUCAGAACUCGGCCACAGAACCGGCUCAGAAGCUCAUGCGACAGAAGCAGCUGGAGGUUGAGGAGUUCAGCGUCUACUGGGACACCAGCAGCACAAUGCUGGGUGAUCUGCCCACCUCUGAGAUUCAGGAGACCAUGACCAAGUGCAUGCAGAGCCGAGAGCACCAGUACAUCUUUGAGCCGGUGUGUGCCUCUGUGCUCCUGCGGAGGAAUGCCUCCAAAGAACCGCUCCGCUCACGCCACACCCCUCGCAUCCAUGGCCAGGUGCAGCUGGAGCCCCUGGCACUCAAGCUCUCCCAGGUGCAGUACCAACAGAUCAUGGCCUUCCUCAAGGAGCUUGUCCGUCGCGAGAGAGAAAUGCUGUUUCGCAAGUGGAGGCCUAAAGUUCCCAUCACAGGAAACUGCCGACAGUGGUGGAUGUUUGCUAUCAAUGCCAACCUGAGCACCAUCCAGGAGCAGAGGCGGCGGCGGAACUGGAACUUUGCUCUGCAGAGGGCACGGGACGCCACGCUCUACACCGACCUGUAUGUCCAGAGGCUUAAGGGCCUCCCUCUGAGCCCCCAGCAGGAGGACGAGCUGGAAAGGGUGGAAGAGGAGCAGUCCCUGGAGGAGCUGCAGAGCCUGAGAGAGAUCAUUCAUGACCGCUUCCGUAAACAGGAGGAGAUUGCAGAGAGUUUAAGAGAGCCCAUCUCAGACCCUGUCCCCUCUUCUCCGACGGGCUCCAUUCCCAAGAGUGGGAGCUCUGGGAUGGUCCAGUACCUGCAGUCCUGGUUCCCUGGCUGGGGCGGAUGGUACGGAGACUCGCAUGGCCCAGAGAUCGGACCUGAUGGGCAGGGAAUGGCUCCAGAUGACCUUCUGCCAGGCCAUGGCUCAUGGGACAUACUAGCUGACCCAGAUGAGCUGUUUGACCCUUUGGAAGACUCCCAAUCUCUCAACACCUUCACAAGGAGGGAUCACCUUUUUGCUCGGCUGGACUUUUUGCUAGAGAAGGCAUCUGUGACACUUUUACAUCAAGAGAAGACCGCCUCCGCAUCCAAAGAGAGUGGUGUCAUUCAGCUGGAAUUUUCAGAGGUCAAGAUUGGUGUGGAGUCCCUUCCUCGAUCUGAGUCCUCCUUGCUGUCUGUUAAGCUGGGAGGCCUGUUUCUGAGAGACCUAACCACCCAGGGCACAAUCUUCCCUGUCCUUGUCUCUCCCAAAACAGAUAAGGUUGUUGUGACCUUAAAUCAACCUUUUGGACAGCCUUCAAGUACAGAUUCAGCCCCUGGCAUGGAGUCCUCUUCUGCUCCUGUCUUUGAGAUGAUCUAUGAGCGCAACCCAGUCAGAAGUAAAUAUGAGAGGCGCUUGGAGGUCAACACUAGUCCUCUGAACAUCAUUUACAAUCCCCAGGCCAUUAAGAAGGUGGCAGACUUUUUCUACAAGGGCAGGGUCCACACCUCAGGGUUUGGAUACCAGUCUGAGUUGGAACUGAAAGUAGCUGAGGCAGCCAGGAAACAGUACAACAAGCUGAAGAUGCAGACCAAAGCAGAAAUCAGGCAGACUAUCGAUCAGCUGCUUGUCGGGGAGUUUAUUGAGAACAGUAUGCGAUGGACAAUGAAGCUAGAUAUAUGUGCUCCACAAGUGAUCUUUCCUGAUGACUUUCAGUCAGGAGAUCCCAUGUUGGUGGUGGUUGACCUUGGUCGAAUCCUUCUCACUAAUUUUCAAGAGGAUUCAAAACCAAAAGUGAAGACCACACUGUCAGAAGGAGAUGACUUGAGUGAUGAAGAGUACCAGACGCCGCUAGCGACGCCACCAGAGUCUCCUCCACCGGAACCAGAAGCUGAGUUCAAAGACCGGAUGAAGAGCCCUGAACUGCCUAGCCUCUCGUCAGCUGAAGCUGCCUAUUCCUACAGCAAAAACCUGUACGAGAAGUACUCCCUGUCCUUCAAUGACCUUCAGAUCAUGGUCGGCCGCUACAAGGACAACUGGAAACACCUGCAGGAGAACGAGGUCGGCCCUACCCAUGUGGUGGAGAAGUUCAAUGUGCUGUUGCAGCUCGAGCAGAGGCUCCGCUACACCUCGGACCCCCAGCUGCCUGGGGCAGUUCUCUCAGGCACCCUCCCCGACCUCAAGGUGCACAUCAACCUGGAGAAGAUGACUGCGCUGAGGAGCUGCCUGACUCGUCUGGGCAGUACGACAGCUGAGGAAGAUAAGGGCGAUGAAAAUGGAGAGAGUCUCAAGUCUCCUGACCCCUUGACCCUACGCCAUGAGAAGAUCUUUCAGAGGGAGGACAGCCAGUGGAAACUGCAGGGGUCUGCCAAAAAUCUCACACAGAGCGUGAUGACUCUGGAACAGCACACAAGGGAAGUCUUGGUCGAAUCCAGGCUCCUUUUAGCAGAAUUCAACAUCAACUACAUGCAACUGGGUGUUGAAAGUGGUGGGAGGUAUAUAUCUGUGCUGAAGGUCUUUGGCACAAACGCUCAUUUUGUAAAGCGGCCUUACGAUGCUGAAGUGUCCCUCACGGUUCACGGUCUCCUUCUGGUGGACACCCUACAGACUUAUGGGUCGGACUUUGACCUUUUGGUGGCCUCUCAUAAGCACCUCAGUUUUGACGUGCCUACCGGCAGUCUCCGAGAGAGCCAGCCGACGUCCCCUGUCUCUGCUGAUGGAAGGUCCCCUGAGCCUUCAGACCUCCAUCGGGAGUCGUCAGGAUUGCCUUUUGAGAAGGUGUCUCCCUUGAGUUCAUUUCUCAAGGAUCAGGAGGUGCUCAUUAAACUAGAGUACCAAUUUGUUAGCUCAGACUGCCCCUCUAUGAACCUGGACAGUUCUCUUCAGGUGACCACCAUGCAGGUGAACAACUUGGAUAUCAUCCUCAAUCCUGAAACCAUGGUGGAAUUGCUCAAGUUCCUCCAGCAAUCAUUCCCAAAGGAAGAAAGCACAUGCUCACCCUCAACACAGCAAACAUCACCACUUCCCAAUGGAGAGGGUCAGGAGGAAAGCUAUCAGUCCACCUAUGAGCAAAACAAAGAGAUUACUGUGGAGAUUCACAGGUUGAAUCUCCUGCUUCUAAGGACAGUGGCUACAGGUACUGUUCUAGGUGGUGAGAAGAAGGGCAUGAAAAUCGCUACUGCCAGUAUCAAUGAGACUAAAGUCAACGUUUCCAUGGGAGGCAGAUUGGAUGUAAAUGGUUCCCUGGGAUGCAUCCAGCUGGUGGACCUAACUCAGGAAGGAGGAAGAGGCCAGUUUGUGGUCAGUAUUGGGAAUGUAGAAGAUAUUCCUUCCUCCGAGAGUAUGGCUUUCUUCCCUAUUGCAGGAAUGGCGCCAUCGGAAGCUCUGAAUUUCCGUCUUCUGGAGAAGUCUCACGGGGAGUGCUCCUUACAGCUCCAGAUGGCUUCCUUGCACUACAACCAUUCAGCUAAAUUCCUGAAAGAGCUCAGCCUAUCUGCCAAUGAGGUGGAGGACAACUUCCGAUCCAUGCUGAAGACCGCAGCCUCGAAAGUGUCCACGGUGCUCGUAAACAAAACUGCAGAGUAUAGUGGAAUGGUGUCACUCUUUGAAACCCCAUCUAGGAGAUCCAGGACUAUGAGUCAGAGUAACUGGCAGCUGGACCCCUUUGAUGAUGAGGAAGAUCUAACCAUGCCGGAGGAAGAACCAGGCUUGGAUUCUUUUCUGGUGAAGCUAACGUUAAACAUCAGCAUUGAGUCACCUGUUGUGUCAAUUCCUAGAAAACCUGGCCACUCAGAGCUUCUCGUCGGACAUCUUGGGAGCAUAACAAUCCAGAAUUUCGCAGCUGGACAGGACUCAGAGGUGGAACGAUUACAAGUUGAAGUGAAAGACAUAAGACUGUACUCACUUAACACCUGUCACCUGGUGCAACGAAAGGGAUUUAGAAGUGAUGUCAGCGCCAACCCCAGUUUCUCCCCCUCACAUAAUGGAAGUGUCAAUCAGGAUGAGCCCCAGUUCACACGACAUGACUUCUUUGAGUUUCUAAGUAGGGGAAAAGCAUUCCAUAUUCUGAAAGACACCACCAUACAGUUCACCCUGGAGAAGGUCCCCAUAGAUGAAGACAGCCAGUUCACCUAUCUGACAUGUGAUGAGUCAUUUCAUAGCACUGGAUUACUCAGAGUGGAGGGCAAGUUUGUCAAUGCUGUCCAGGUUUGUCUGUGCAAACCAGUGUAUGAGCAGGUCCUCCAGACUCUGGAUAACCUCUCCCUUAUCGAAGAACAGCGGGCAACACCAAGCCAACCACCAACCCCACCCCCUCCUACCCCAUCUUCCACCAAGCCACACCGCUUCCCAGACCCACAGGGGGGGCUUUUUGCACGUGACCCUCCCCACCUCAACCUGUCUUACUCCUCUCUGUCCUCCUCCCUCUCCACCCCUCUCCCUCGCCAGACCCACAGUCCUCCUCUUCAGCCCCCUUCAUUCACCCAAGUGAGGACCACCUUCCGUGUGGCUGAGCUCCAGGUGCAACUCAGCGCUGACCUUUCCCAAGGCUCCCAGGGUUUGGUCAGCCUCCGGUUCCAGGACCUUGAAGGGGAAUUCACCAAAGAUCACCCUCAUGUGCUGUCAGUCCAGCUUGCUCUACGCUCCUUGCUCAUGGAAGAUCUGCUGGAACAGAACCCCGAAUCCAAGCACAAGCAUCUCAUCGUGUCUCGAGGGGCCCCCAAACCUUCCACCUUCACCCCCAAGGAGUACCUCUCCCAGUCCUGCCCCUCCUCAUCUAAUGCGAUGUACCCCGAAAUGCCUCGUUCCCUGCCAGCUCACAUGGAGGAGGCUCAGAACGUCUUCCAGUUCUACCAGAGGCACCCCAGUGCACCUUCGCCUGCCAAUCGGAAGAAGAAGAAGGACCCUGCCUGCCCCUGCACACCUCCCCCAUCCCCGUCACGGAACACCCCUUCUCCUCAACCGCCGCCCGAUUUCGACGAUACGCUGGUGCACAUCAACGUGCUGAUGGUGGACAAGCGCCACCCAGAGUUCCAGACCCGUUACGGCAGCAUCGGGCGCAGCAUAGAUGUUGACUUCAACUGCCUGGACGUCCUCAUCACCCUACAGACCUGGGUGGUCAUUCUGGACUUCUUCAGCAUCGGCUCUACGGCCAACAACCACGGCGUGAAGGUGCCGGCUAACGCUCCACAGCCUAUGCCCGGGCACCCCUUGGGCAAUGACUGCCCCAGUGACCUGGAGGAUAUCUACCCUGAAAUGAAUGAGGAGGAGCUGGAGGACAGGGUGAACACCAAGCUCGAUCUUAAGGUCCACUCAUUGUCCCUUGUGCUCAACAAGAAGACCACCGAGCUUGCAAAAGCCAGUGUCUCCAAAUUGUUCACUCACAUGGAAAUGAUUGAUGGGGAUCUGGCCUUGCAAGGCAGUUUGGGAAGCUUGUCUCUGAGUGAUUUAACGCCUCAUGGAGAUCUCUACAGGGAGCGGUUCACCACACGGGGAGGAGAGGCUCUUGUCUUCAACAUACACAAGUAUGGUGAGCUUGAUCCUUACCUGGAUAGGGAGUGUGACAUAAAGGUGUCUCUCAAGAUGGCCUCGGUGCAGUACGUCCACACCCAACGCUUCCAGGCGGAGGUGGUGGCCUUCAUCCAGCACUUCACCCAGCUCCAAGACGUCCUGGGCAGGCAGAGAGCUGCAGUUGAGGGCCAGGCUGUGCGAGAGCGCUCCCAGCGGGCGUCACGCGUGCUGCUGGACAUUGAGGCGGGCGCGCCGGUGCUGCUGAUCCCCGAGAGCUGGCGCUCGCCCCGCCUCAUCGUGGCCAACCUGGGCCAGCUGCGCGUGCGCAACAGCUUCCUGCCCGCCGGCACGCACGGCACCUUCUCUCUCAGAGACAAGGUAGAGAAACUUACCAUGGCACAUGCCUUUUUCCCCUCGCUGGUGAGUCCUGCCCUUCCACACCACCGCGCUAUGCCACCACACCACAUCAUACCACCGCCUAGCACAUCAUGUGACAUUCAUGGAGCAGUUUCUCUUUUUUAACUCUCUACUCUUAGCACUAUGUCAAUCAUAAGAAAUUAGUAUUGAGUUAUUCAUAAGAAAUUAGUAUUAAGUUAAUCAUAAGAAAUUAGUAUUAAGUUAAUCAUGAGAAAUUACUACAGGGAUAUAUACAUUAUAGGUUUCACCUUCCUACCAAGGAAUGGGCUUGUUAAUAAAAUGUUAUGAAAACAGGACACUCUUGCUGCAAGUACACCUGCUUUGCUAAGAUGUGUAUAUACUGUAUGAUGUCAGGAGGAAAGUGCUUCAUGGAUGUAGUCCGUCUUAUUAUCUUCUAAUCGGGGCAUGACCUAAUAACAGCCCUACUGGUGUGGAGGAGGUUGGUAGUUCACUCACCAAUCAUAAUAUAGUAAUAACAUAGUCUUGACAUGUUUAACAUGCAUGCAACUUCAUCACAUCCAUAAUUCUAAUCCAUCAUUUUUGUCAUCCAGUGUAUAAUAUUGUUGCUCAUGUGGUGUUGUUACGAUCCUUGUGUUGAGAUUCACAGCAGUUAUCACGUGUGCCUUCUUUUUUUUGUGAAGAAUUUGAUUUUGCAUGCCAAUUCAUACAAGGACCCAGCCUACUAUAAGGUAUCAGGGUGUGUCCGCAUGUGGUGGUUCACCUGAGUUGGUUCUUUCCCUCUUCUCUUGUUCAUUAAUCUCUGGUCUUCUCUGCAUGCGUCUCAUUUGAUAUCACGCAUGAACUGUGCAUGUAAGUUAUUAAUAAUGUGCAUUUGUUUAUCCUGGUUCCUCUGUUUCAAUGAUGUUGGAACUUAUCCAUAUAUAGCUGGGUUUCCAUCCAACUUUUGAAUGCGCAUUUUGAAUAUUCAAAUAAGAAAUCCUGACUGGACACAUUUCAAAUUCGCAUUAGAUUUUGCACCACAGAUAAAGGGAGACUUAGUCAGACAAAUGUAGAAAAAUAAGGAACAAGGUUUUAUUUAUAAUGGCGCAAAACGAGGAAGAGAGAUCAUGGCUUCACAUAACGAUUCUCCAGCUUCUCUGAUUAGAAAAGAGAAGGUCUCAGAUUAAGUAUCGUAGGUGACAGGGAGGGCGUUUAAUCACCGGGCCCAUCUUAUGUAGGUCACACUGAGUCAUAAGAAUCACCAGGCUUCCAUCGUCAAUUGUGAUCUAGAUUUACGAUCGAUGUCUAAUGACGCAGAGAAUGCAAGGAGUAACAGUGACACUGAACUCAAACACACACACACACACACACACACACACACACACACACACAGUCCCAGAAACGUUCCAUUCUUAUCUCUGUCUCUAAGAACACAGGGAUAGGAUAUACUCACAGAUACACAUAGAUAUAAGAACAUAGUCACGCAUGAGAACACACAUACAUUCUUCUACUUAACCCCAGCUCUGAAUAUAAGAGAAGACAUUAAUUCUGAUUUGCACUCCUUCAGUCCCCUUUUCAAGUGUUUAAUGACUUAACCUAUAUACAGUGCCCUCCACAAUUAUUGGGACCCUUAGUGAAUGUGACCAAA